AUCAUACAAAAAAAAAAUUGAGGAUGCAGGGAAAAAAAAAAAAUAUUUGUUGACGCAUAAUAGAAAUAAAACGUUUGGGUUUAUGGGCCCAAUUUUGUUCAGUUUGGCUGUCUUUUAGCCACUGAAUUUCUUUACCCAUUUUUAUGCUUUUCGAAUCAAGAAAAAAAAUUGGAAAAACGAUUUGUGUUCUAGGGCUCCUGUCGCUCCUCGAAGGCUCGAAGUUGAAGGAGAAGAUUUGGGUUAGUGUUUGGGAGAUUAGCUUCAGUUUCAUCAGGAGCAGCGCCAAAAAGAUUACAACAUUCACAGCUUAGAGUAUAUAUAUAUAUAUAAACUAAUUAUUGACGACCAUCGAUCACGUUAUCCCUCUUCAGGCAAGCUGUGGAAUAGUAGACUGGAUUGAUCAAUCCUAUUUCUGGUUUUGAGAAAGUUGUGGUUUUACCUGGGAAAUUCCUAUGGGGAAGAACGAAUUUUUGACACCAAAGGCAAUUGCAAACCGAAUCAAGGCGAAGGGUCUACAGAAGCUUCGGUGGUACUGUCAGAUGUGUCAGAAACAAUGCAGGGACGAGAAUGGCUUCAAGUGCCAUUGUAUGAGUGAAAGCCACCAGCGCCAAAUGCAGGUAUUUGGCCAAAACCCUAACCGAAUAGUAGACGGCUACACCGAGGAGUUUGAGACUUCCUUCCUGGAGCACAUGAAGCGCAGCCACCGCUUCAGCCGUAUUGCUGCCACCGUAGUAUAUAAUGAAUAUAUUGCAGAUCGUCAUCAUGUUCAUAUGAAUUCCACUGAGUGGGCCACGUUGACCGAGUUUGUGAAGCAUUUGGGGCGAACUGGCAAGUGCAAGGUUGAGGAGACCCCAAAGGGGUGGUUUAUUACUUAUAUAGAUAGAGAUUCGGAGACCCUUUUUAAGGAAAGGUUGAAAAAUAAGCGAAUUAAGGCUGAUAUAGUAGAGGAAGAGAAGCAAGAAAGGGAAAUUUUGAAGCAAAUCGAAAGGGCUGAACAGUUAAUGCCAGUGGGAAAUGAGGACACACAGCCUUCGGGGUCUGCACUGCUACCACUGUCAAAGUCAGAGAGUGGUGAGAAGAUUGCAUUCGCACUUGGUUCCUCUUCAAAACCAAUUGAAAAAGAAAAAUCCAAGAGCUCCAAAUUGGUAUUUGAAGGGGCAGAGAAUGAUACUAAGAAAGUUAAAGACAAUGGAAAAUCAAUAAAAAAUGGGGGUGGCAGUAAAUCAGCUUUGGAUGAUUUGAUGAGAGAGCAAGAGAAGGCGAAGGAACGGAUUAAUAGGAAGGAUUAUUGGUUGUGUGAAGGAAUUGUUGUUAAGGUCAUGAGCAGGGCACUGGCUGAGAAGGGGUACUAUAAGCAAAAGGGUGUUGUGCGUAAGAUAAUUGAUAAAUAUGUAGGGGAAAUUGAAAUGCUUGAGCGUAAGGGCGUGCUGAGGAUCGAUCAGGAAGAGCUCGAAACAGUAAUUCCACAAAUUGGGGGUCUAGUGAGAAUAGUUAAUGGGGCAUAUCGUGGAUCAAAUGCGCGCUUGCUUUCAGUAAACACAGAAAAAUUUUGUGCCAAGGUGCAGAUUGAGAAGGGUAUAUAUGAUGGCAGGGUGCUUCAGUCUGUUGAAUAUGAGGAUAUAUGCAAAAUUUUCUAGUGACAUCCCCAGGUAGAUCAUUGAAUUUACAAUUUUUUUCUCAUGUUUUGCUGAUAGCUUAGUGUUAAUUUUGGGUUUGGUAAGUCAGAGUGAGCCUUGCUAGUUUCAGUAACAAGAAUGCAAACAUUUGUACCAUUGUCUGUGUAUCUCUUGAGAAGGCCAGCAAAACAUUGGAUUCUUAUUUUUUCACGUUUGCCUUGGUCUAUCAUAUAAUUGUGAGAAACCUUUUUGACA